UCCAGUAACGCUGUUACAGAGGGGCCCCAAUUAAGAGGACACCCUUGUCGCGCAGCUAAGCUUGUUUAAGCCAGCAUUACAACCGAGACGGUCAUGCAGUGCGAUGGUCCAUCGCUGGCAGACAGCCCGGCCAUCACCACAACUCCAACUUCUUCCACGCCCUCCUCACUCCGCUUCCCGCCGCCCUCGCCGUCUCUCGCGGACAGCAUUCGGACGCUGCGCGAGACGACGCGCCCGAACAACCUCGCCGACCCGCGCAGCAGCCGCCGCAGGCCGGUACCGAGUCCGUUGCAGCACUCCAGUCCCGAUUUCUCAGCGGCCAGCAGCGAGGGCAAGCCCCAUUCGCCGCGCUCUCCCCAGUUCAUUCCUUCGUCGGCCUAUCCAGACGAACCACGCUCUCCACGCCAGAAGCUCGACGCCCUUCUAGCCGAAGAGAACAAUCCGCGAUCUGAGGGAACCACGCCAACGCAGACGUACCCUCCAACCCCGCCAGGCACUGCGAUCAGACUCCACAACCCGCCAGGGAAGCAGUCCUCGUAUGCCCAGCUACGAAACUUCUCCGCACCCGUUCUGUCCUCGGCCGAUCUCUCUCCUCCCUCAUCUCCCGCCACGAUGCCUCCACCCUCGCGGCCAAACCGACCAGACACCCGGCCCACAGCACCCCGCAAUCCCUCGAUAGACUCCGCUGUAUCGUCUCUCUCCUCCAAUGCCUCCCAAUCAUACCGGUCCAACACAUCACAUUCAUACAAGUCCUCCCAGGAUACGACGACUGCGAACCCACCGGAUAUGGCAAGCCUCGCAGCCGCAGCCGGGUCCCCAGAAGCUGCUAUGCUUGCCAUGUGGAAAGAGAAGCAAAGUGCUUCUAAUCACAAUGCUCAGCUCUGGCGGCUAGUCGAGAAACAGCGGGCAAUGAUAAUCGGGCUGAACAAAGAUUUGGAGCGAGCGUUGAAAGAUAAGGACCGUUACCGGAAGAAACUGAAAGAGUACGCCAAUCAGGUACCGCCGUUACCCAGUGCACCACAAAGAUCAGACACGGUCGACUCUGUUGUGGAACGCGAGCACAGUCAGUCGCCAGCUCCGAGCGAGAAACAGGAGGAUUCUGCCAAGGCGAACACCGCCGCGAGAACCGUUGAGCACAAAACCUCUCCGCUGUCACAAGGCACCACGGUGACACACAUGUUUCCUGAAAGCCAACUGGCGCACUCGCCUGCGCAUUCGUCUGAGGCGGCUUCCGCGUCGAACCCCCCAUCAUCGGUGAAUUCACCAACCGAUUACUCGGUCAAACCACUCAGCCUUGGGAACAAAGGUCUAGGUCUUAACGCUGUCAUGAACGAGGGUGCUCCAAUCGUGGAGAUGACCCCAAUACAAACAGCGAUGGCUGAGCCCAUGGUACAACAAGCAUCAAACGCCACAUCUACCUCUCCCAAUCACCAUAUGAAAGCCCCAUCAUUGUCCCUUACGCAGGCAACUCCUAUAAUUGGUGGUGAUGGUUUUGAAGCGCCUCCAGGAAGACCUGCACACCCGCUCAGAAAAGCGCCACCUGCACCUCUCAAUCUAUCUAAGCCUGAGAAAACCAGCGCACAUCUCUACCAAUCCCGCCCAGGAGACCAUUCAGACUCGGACUAUGAUGACACGCUAGAAGUUGAUGAAAUUCCAAUUGUUGACCGAGGCAGGAGGAAGACCCGGGAAGAAGAUGAUCGUAUCAGGGAGGCCAUGAUGAUUAAGGAGGAUGAAGCCCGGAGCAAGUCGAAAAAGAAAAAGAGCGAGAGCAAGAGCAAGGUACCGGCAACUUCCGAGGAUAAUUCCCAACCCGAUGAGAAGAGAUCUGUCGGAGGAUCCUUAUCCCCACGACCUUUCAGCCCCCUUCAAGCUGGGUUACCACUUUCUCCCCGCCACCCACCUGCAAAUUCCAUAAACGCCCUUUUGAGCCCCACCAACUCAGACAGUUCUAUGAUCGCGCAGAGAGGUCUAAUCUCGCCACCGUUGAUGAGCCCAGGCUUACCAAUGAGUCCUCGUCCCGGAGAUAGGCCAAUUGGAUCGCCAGUACCAAGAAAUCCGAAACAGUCCUUGGCAUCUCCUCCAAUGUCGCCGAGAUCCACGGCCAACGGGGCACCGCAGCCAAACUCGCGGACACCUCGACAGCCGAUUCCGCUACCACCUAGCACGCCUCAGUCUUACGUAUCACCUCCAGGAGCGCGAGCAGAGCCACCUACCCAAUCAAAGUCUCAAACUUCGUCCUCGGAUCUCCUUAAGCCGCCCAAUGCACAACCAAAUCUCGAAACGGAUAUUAGUACUGUAGGUCAGAGUGACCCUUCUAGCCCCGAGCAUGUCUAUCGAGGCCUCGUGUCUGAUCAGUACCCGGGACUCUUACUUCCACCCAAUGCGCUACCCUCUAUCGAUGUGAAGGUAUAUUCGUCCAGGCUUAGGCCCUCACGCUUAAGCUUCUUGGCGCCAAAACCUCAAGAGGAAGAUCCUGUCUUCAUACUCGCAAUUUACGCCCGCUCGGAUGGGAAGCAGCUUUGGCGUGUUGAGAAAACUAUUGUGGCACUACCGACCCUCCAUGACCAACUAAGAGCGUUAUGCGACUUUCACGGAAAGGUACCUGAUAGGGCCUUGUUCGGCGGCCACGCACCUGCCAAAAUGGAUGCCCGAAGGGCUGCUCUCAAUCACUACUUCGACAUGAUGCUAGAGACACCAAUGAGUGAGAAAGCCGCCCUGGUGGUUUGCGAAUUCUUCUCGACAGAUGUCAUUGGUGCACAAAUCGAUGAUACUCUAGCUCCAGAACCUUCUGCAGUGGCAAUGGCAUCUGCACCCAAAGGGAGACAACAAAAAGAAGGCUAUCUAACGAAGCGGGGCAAGAAUUUUGGCGGCUGGAAAGCACGAUACUUCAUUCUUGACGGCCCAGAGUUCAGAUAUUAUGAAUCUGUUGGUGGGGCACACCUAGGGACCAUCAAGUUGCAAAAUGCGCAAAUUGGUAAGCAAUCUCAGCAACAGGCCAACCAAUCGCCACAGCGGAGGGAUGAUUCCGACGACAAUCAGUAUCGCCAUGCUUUCCUUAUUUUGGAGCCGAAGCGCAAAGACUCUUCCAGCCUGGUCCGUCACGUUCUCUGUGCUGAAAGCGAUCAGGAGCGGGAUGCUUGGGUUGAUGCUCUUCUUCAACAUGUGGACUGGCAAGAAGAAGCCUCGCCAAUUGAGACACAGCCUGGGUCCGCUCGCAGCACAAACUUUCCAAAGGGGCAUUCACAUGAAACAUCCCGUUCGAAGCAAAGAGAUAGUCCGGAAGGGGAGAAACGAGAGAAACGAGAGAGGCUUCAAGGGCUUAGUUACGAUGACACCGUGGCAGCCGAGGCCCCAAUACGUGGACCCACCCACCGAGAAGCCAAAGAAACGUAUGCUCACUCUCCUAAGAAUUCGUCGUUUUCUAGUGAAAGCACCGGACAUUACCCUUCGAUUUCUGGUCCAACCAAUGGCGCUCCUAUUCAAAACGUUGAGAUAUGGGGCAACAAGACAUUGGCAGCUCCAACUGCUGUGAAAGAUAAGAAGCGUAGUAUUUUUGGCUUUAGAGGUCGUGCUUCCUCCGACGGAGGACCAGGUCAAAUUGGGCCGCCGCAGCAACAGCUGGCUCAGGGAGCGGUGCUCCAGAAUCGGAACGUCUUUGGUAUUCCACUCCAGGAAGCCGUUGAGUUUUCCCAGCCCUUUGGUGUCAAAGCCCAGCUCCCUGCCGUUGUCUACCGGUGUUUAGAAUACUUGAGGGCGAAGAGCGCCUUCCGGGAGGAAGGCAUCUUCCGGCUCAGCGGAUCGAAUAUUGUUAUCAAGGGUCUUCGCGAUCGCUUCAACAAUGAAGUCGAUGUCAAGCUUCUCGACGGACAAUACUACGAUGUCCACGCUGUCGCUUCGCUUUUGAAGCUGUAUUUGCGCGAACUUCCAGCUUCUAUUCUAACUCGCGAGUUGCAUAUCGACUUCCUGAAAGUCCUUGAUAUGGACGAACGUGAGAAAAAGAUCCAGACAUUCAAUGUGCUCGUGCAUAGGCUACCAAGAGUCAAUUUCGAGCUCCUCCAGGCUGUGUCGGGUUUCCUCAUCGACAUCAUCGAUAACGCAGAUGUAAAUAAGAUGACGGUGAGGAACGUCGGGAUCGUGUUUGCUCCCACCCUAAACAUCCCGGCUCCGCUGAUAUCGAUGUUCUUAACGGACUUCACUGACAUCUUUGGCACACCACUCGACGAAGCAAAUUCACCCAUUCACGAAAUACAUGUCAGCACCCCUCCUUUGGGAUCUGAAGCUAUUCGUUCGCCUCGUCGCCAGAUGUUCUCGGACAUUCCGACACCCGCUUACAACGAAACAUCAUUCCAGCCUCUCCAGCCUCAAACACACCAUGCUUUCCAACCACCGAGCAGUUUCCCGAUGGGCCCAAAUUCCUCUCAGCAACAGCUGCAACCUCCGUCGCAACACCAUCAACAACCCCAGCAACCACAAUAUGCCGGUUACGAUACUGGGUUCAUUCCAAUGCAUCCCAGCUAUGAUGCUCCCCUUUAUCCACAACCAGCGCAGAGCGAAGGCUUUGGUAGCCUGAAUGGUGCUCUGCAACCUGGCAGCUCAAGAGAAGCAAAACAGAGACGAAGAGAAAGCGGCAUGCUUCUAAUGAACAUGGGCCUCAACGGUCAGAGACAGGGUUCAAAUCCUCGUAUACGAGACGAUGCCCGAAAAGAUCCGCGUAUGGUUCAAGAAGAGAGUAUGUUCGAUUGAAGACCUCCGCAAACAACAUCCGACCUCGAUAUUUUCAAUAAUGUCUCCCAUCAACGAACGAAUGACAAAGACGCUGUGCCGCACCCAAUUCAUACCUACUAAGACUGAUGACCACAUUUUGUCUUCCAAGCCACGUACCUUCACAGCUCAUACUGGGCAUGUUCGGUACUUACGACAUAUACCUUCUCCUUAAUAUUUGUUCCUAAUUCUGGUAAAACCCUGGGCUGGCUCUUCGGGCUUUUACCGAUAUGUUGUUCUGCUCCAUCGAGUAGGCCAUGUAUAAAGUAAUAUU